AUGGUUGUAGGCGGUAAGAACUGGAACAUGUGGCUGCGAAUGUCACAGGUCCAGCUCAGGCAGAUUACCAGGUCUCUGGACCGGACACUAGUCGGGUUGAGCCAUGGAAAGUUUCCAUUUCGAUAUAAUCACAACGUUCUCGUCACUUGGUGGAAGGGUUUGUUUGAUUUUCCUACAGCUUUCAUGGGAGUAAAAUCCUCCACUGCAUCCCCGCUCAUAAGAAGAGGACUCACAAGAUUUGAUCGUUUCAGACCUGUUGCUAAUGUCAGUAAAUUUGCUGCUAUGCCUAGAGUGCCCAAAGGUACCCCUAGAGGUUUGUAUGCCAAUUGGAAUAUGACAGCAUCAACUAAGCUGUUGGGUCAGAGAGCUUACUCUACUUCCAGCAUCAAAUUUACUCAAGAAGCCGUAAAUAACAUGACUAUAUCCCUAAGGUGUUUCUUCAACUCAAUGAACGGAUUAGAUCAGUGUUCGCACUCUAGCUACUCCGAAACUUUUCAGUAUGCUUCUAAUGCUUUCGCUCAACAGAACGAAGUCCCACCAGUUGCCUUCAAGAAGUUACCCCAGAAAGAUAUCAAUUUCAUUCGCGAUUUAGAACUUUUCAGAGUAAUGAAAGUUCAGAAUCAAAUGGUCGAUGAACCUAGCGCUUGUUUUCUGGAAAAAUCAGGUUCCUACAUUGAAUUUACGGUUCCCGAAUUUAACGUUAAUGGAACAUCUUCUGCGCCUUUAUCGUUUUUGAAUCCUUCUUUACUAUAUGAUUUGAAAGAAACAAUUUCUAGCUACAAAUAUGAAUUGGAAUCAAUAUACCGCAGCGUUGAGAUGGUUUUGCAAAACUAUGGGUCGUUGCCUAUAACGUUGCAUCGAAAGAAGAUUCGAAUACAUUUCCCGAAUUCGACCGUGAUGGAAACAGAGAAUCUGAUCGCAAGUUUAAAUAUCACUACCGGUAUCAUUCACGCGGAUACAUCUCGCGACAUUACUUUGGAAGAUACAAAUUUGAAUGACUUGGUUAAUGGUAAAUCGACAAGUAUGUGGUCCCUUGUUGAUGAACCACCGCUUCCCAACAGAAGCACUUUUUCUCCAAUUUUAUCAGAAGCAUCCGACUAUACUUAUGAAAUGGUUUAG